UCUCUGCCUGCUCAUUUCACUACAAUCUUCAUAUUCAAUAUCUUUCACUUUCUUAUAAUUCUUUCUCAUAUAUACACAGAAAAUUGAGCAUAUAAUAAGAAAGAAAAUGGCUAUGGAAAUUGGAGGAAAAGCAGUAGAGAAGCCAAUUAAGGAUUGGAGGCUUUUGUUUCUGAGGAUGGUUUCGUUUCUGGGCACAGCAUCUGCAACUCUUGUAAUGGCUUUCAGCAAAGAAACCAAAACCUUGGUGGUUGCGACCAUUGGCAAUACCCCUAUUAGUGCUACUAUCACGGCCAAGUUUCAACACAACCCAGCUUUUGUCUUCUUUGUGAUAGCCAAUGCAAUGGCCAGUCUACAUAAUUUGUUGAUGAUAAUGGCAGAGGUUUUAAGAGACAAGUUUAAUGACAAGGGAGUUUACCUCGUGAUGGUCGCCAUUUUAGACAUGAUGACAGUGGGUCUAGCAUCAGCUGGGGAUGGUGGUGCAACUUUCAUGGCAAUGCUAGGGAAGAAGGGUAAUUCACAUGCAAGAUGGAACAAAAUAUGUGACAAAUUUGAUCGAUUUUGUGACCGAGGUGGAGGUGCGCUAAUCGCUUCCUAUGUUGGCCUUGCUUUUUUGCUGCUCAUCACUGUGCUAUCCAUUAUCAAACUGCUAAAACAUCCAAAAACCACCAAUACCACAUUUCCUUAAUUAGUAAUGUAAUAGCAGAUGUGCAAAUGAAUAUGCAUGUGGUUUGAUCAUUAACGUAGAAGAAGACAUACAUAAGCUGUAAUUGGUGUCUGGAACUUUCUUUUCCAAUUAAUUUCCAUGUUCUGAAUGUUA